AUGUCCUCCACGAGGGCCAUCAAGAAGAGCGCCUUUUCGUGCGAACCAUGUCGUCGUCGCAAGGUAAAAUGUGGUGGAGAGCAGCCGACAUGUAAUCGGUGUGCUGCCCGCGCGGAUGAGUGCGUCUAUAAACUUAACCCGACGUUAUCAUACACGUCACGGCUGGAGCAUCGCAUAAAGGAACUAGAAGCACAGCUUGCCGCGGCAAGAGCUCAUGCGCCAUCCGGAGCGGGAACGGGAGCAGGACCCUCAGAACCCUCCCGGACAUCAUCGCCCAGCAUCGGGCCGUCAGCGGGCCAGUCGCCCAUGACAGAUCCUCACCACUUUGAGUCGCAGGAUGAAGAGUCUGUGAGCGAGAGCUUCAAGGGCCUCAAGGUCGACGACAAGGGCGCCAUUACGUAUCAUGGCUCCACGAGCUUCUUCCAGCUACCGAGUGAUAGGCCGUCUGGCUCGAGAGACCAGCAGUCGACGUCUGAUCAGGCUAUGCAGAGGCGUGAGAGGCUUGUGGCCAACGCCUGGCAGCAGAGGGCGCUCGAGAACAUGUCCGAUAUACCGGAACCGUUUCAAUAUCUUCUCAACGUCCACUGGUGCUGGAUCCAACCUCUCUUCAACUUCAUCUACAGACCUGCCUUUACUCGUGACAUGCAGACAUUAGGGCCAUACUACUCCCACACCCUCAUGAACGCAGUCCUCUCCCACUCCAUCCGCUGGGGCCGCAGCGACCCGGCCACAAAAGACAAGCUCGACGAGUUCUACGACGGCGGCGCCCUCUUCGGCAAGCACGCGCGCAGCAUGGUCUUUGAGGAGCUCAGCCAGGGCGUCUGCUCCAUCCCCACCGUCCAGACCCUCCUGCUCCUCAGCGCGCAAGAGUGCAGCGUUGGCAACAGCGCCCAGGCGUGGACGUACAGCGGUCUCGCAUUCCGCAUCAUCGACCACCUCGGCAUCUGCGUCGACGGGCAGCGGUACCCCGGUUCCGUGCAGCUCGCUGACGAGGAUGUCGAGAUCCGUCAUCGCUUGUUCUGGAGUUGCUAUUUCUGGGAUAAGAUGAUUAGUCUGUACCUUGGGCGGUCGCCUUCGUUGCAGCAGACGUCUGUGUCGCCGCCGCAGAUUAUGUUCGACGACUCGGCCGAGAACGAGUCGUGGACGCCCUUUGGCGUCGUACCGGAAGGCGGCUGGAAGUAUCCCCCCGCAGCGGCGCACUCCACCUCAUGCUUCAUGCAAAUGUGCCGUCUCUCGAUAACCUUCAAUGAGAUCCUCGUCCACAUGUACGACCCCGUGCGGCCCAACAGCCAGACCGAGAUGCAGGACUGUCUCGCCAAGCAAGAAGUCGCGCUGCGGCAAUGGUGGGACGAACUCCCUCCGCACCUGAAGAUCGAACCCACGGCUCUCCCGGCCCUGGCGCCGCCGUCGCACAUCAUUACGUUGAACGUGCUCUACCGCACCUUCAAGAUCCUCCUCUACCGCCCCAUGCUGUCUCAGCGAGGAAGGGUAGGCGAUAACCUGCAGCCGGUGCAGCGGUACCUCGGCGAGUGCGUGACCUCGGCAACGGGCAUCAUCGCCAUCUUUGACCUCUUCUGCCGUUCCUUCGGCAUCAGCCACUGUGUUCUCUCCCUUUCGUAUAGCGUGUACAUUGCGGCGUCCAUCUUCCUGCUUCAGGUGCAGUCCAGCGUCGAGGAUACACAAGCGCUUCGCAGGCUGGAGUACUGCGUCCGUAUCCUAGCAUCCGUGAAGCGCAUUAACCCGGUCAUCAGCAGCGCCCUCAACCUCAUCACCCGCGAGCUCGUCGGCCUAGGCAUCGACAUCGGCGCCCUCGGCCUCCCCAAAACGGCCGCGACGCCGCCAAUGGCAACCUACGGCAUCCCGCAGCAAAGCCGUCACGGCGCCGGCGCCGAGAACAACAACAUGCCCCCGGCGUCCGUACCGCCCGGUCCGGAGGCCACCAGUUCCCCCGAGCAGAUUUACAACUUCCCUUUUGUCGACACCCUCGGCCCCGAGGCCUUUGCCAUUGAUCCGCAGGUCUUCCAGACCAUGUCUUCUAUAGAACCGUUGAGCGUCAGAGUCGGCGCGAUAGAUGAAUAG